CUCGACUUCGACCUCAUCCCACUCCAGUGCUGUUCUUGAGUCUACGGCUCCCAUCACCACUCUUCGUCCGCCAUGUACCCUUCCCCUAUUUUGAGGAUGCAGCCUACUCGGCCCUCUUUUGCUCUUCCUAAGGAAGGCCAGAGCGCUCACACCAUCUCCCAGCGUCUGCGUACUCUGAAGAAGAUCCCUCCAGAGUUGCUCCCUCUUGGUCUCGUUCUUGGCGUCGCCGUUGGAGCUGCCAUUUACUCCAGCACCAAGAAGCUCAUGACCGACAAGACCCUCCGUCUUACCCCCAACCGUCCCGAGGACCGUGAGCACUAGAAUGUACCAACACUUUUUUGGUUCCAUGCAAUGGCCAAUCUGAGCUUUCCUGUUCUUUCUGUGUUGUCGAUAUGUAUUAUCCACGGGCAAAUUGAUGUCACGGGAAGUAGUAGGAGGGUGAUAUUCCGAGAAUCUCAGGCUCGGGGUCGGAGCGCCUGUAUAUAGUAUGGCUUUGAACAAAGGGUUCUGAUGGGG